AGGGCGUGGUUACGUGGUGACGUCACGGUCCUUGUUCUUUCCGCUGCUCAGACUCAGACCAGACUGAAACAUCAUGGCGUCCCUAUCCAUGGCCCCGGUGAACAUCUUCAGACAUGGAGCUGAUGAGGAGAGAGCAGAGACGGCCCGGCUGUCGUCCUUCGUGGGAGCCAUCGCCAUCGGAGAUCUGGUGAAGAGCACACUGGGACCCAAAGGGAUGGACAAGAUCCUGAUGAGCGGGGCCCGGGGCGGGACCGUCACCGUCACCAACGACGGAGCAACGAUCCUCAAGGCCAUCGGGGUCGACAACCCGGCAGCUAAAGUCCUGGUUGACAUGUCCAAGGUCCAGGAUGACGAGGUUGGAGACGGUACGACCUCCGUCACCGUGCUGGCGGCAGAGCUGCUCCGGGAGGCGGAGCUUCUGAUCGCUAAGAAGAUCCACCCCCAGACCAUCAUCUCUGGAUGGAGGAAAGCUACGCAGGUGGCGAGAGAAGCUCUGAGGGAGGCAGCUGUCGAUCACAGCAACGACCCGGCCCGUUUCCAGGCCGACCUGCUGAACAUCGCCCGCACCACCCUCUCCUCCAAACUGCUGACGCACCACAAGGAUCACUUCGCCCAGCUGGCCGUGGACGCCGUCAUGAGGCUCAAGGGCUCGGGCAACCUGGAGGCCAUCCACGUCAUCAAGAAGCUGGGGGGGAGUCUGACCGACUCCUACCUGGACGAAGGUUUCCUAUUGGACAAGAAGAUCGGGGUGAACCAGCCCAAGCGACUGGAGAACGUCAACAUCCUGAUCGCCAACACCGGCAUGGACACGGACAAGGUCAAGAUCUUUGGGUCCCGGGUCCGUGUGGACUCCACAGCGAAGGUUGCAGAGAUCGAGCUGGCAGAGAAGGAGAAGAUGAAGGAGAAGGUGGAGAGAAUCCUGAAGCACGGGAUCAACUGCUUCAUCAACAGGCAGCUGAUCUACAACUACCCGGAGCAGCUGUUUGCUCAGGCCGGAGUCAUGGCCAUCGAACACGCCGACUUCGCCGGGGUGGAGCGGCUGGCCCUGGUGACCGGAGGAGAGAUCACCUCCACCUUCGACCACCCUGAGCUGGUGAAACUGGGACACUGCAAGCUGAUCGAGGAGGUGAUGAUCGGAGAAGAUCUGCUGAUCCGCUUCUCUGGGGUCGCCAUGGGUGAGGCCUGCACCGUGGUCCUCCGGGGAGCCACUCAGCAGAUUCUGGACGAGGCGGAGCGUUCCCUCCACGACGCCCUGUGUGUCCUGGCCCAGACGGUGAAGGAGCCGCGCACCGUCUCCGGGGGAGGCUGCUCGGAGAUGCUGAUGGCCCGGGUGGUGAGUGACCUGGCCAACCGGACCCCGGGCAAGGAGGCCGUCGCCAUGGAGUCCUUCUCCAAGGCCCUGAGGAUGCUUCCCACCAUCAUCGCUGACAACGCCGGCUACGACAGCGCUGACCUGGUAGCCCAACUGAGAGCUGCUCACCAGGAGGACAAGACCACGUAUGGACUCAACAUGUCAGAGGGGACGGUGGGAGACGUGUCUCUGCUCGGCAUCACCGAGUCCUUCCAGGUCAAGAGACAGAUGCUCCUCAGCGCCUCCGAGGCUGCAGAGAUGAUCCUGAGGGUCGAUGACAUCAUCAAGGCCGCGCCCAGGAAGCGUGUCCCGGACCACCACCCCUGCUGAAGAACCACCGGACCAACCGCUGCUUCUUUAUCACCGUUUAUUUCUGUCCAACCUGGAGACGGUUGCUAGGGCACCAGGUUGCUAGGUUGCUAAGUUACCACCAGUCUGACGUUAGUCGUUGUUUUUGUUUACUGAAAUUAAUGAAUAAAUGAAUCCUCAACA